AGCAGCAUAUCAAAAUGUAUCAAAAUGUAUAAAUAUCUUAUUGUUUUAUAUUUGAGUACAUUUACACAACAGAACUCUUUCAAAGAACGAUAGACUUGCUGUUUAUCUUAAUCUCAGUUUGCUUUCUUUUAAAAUAGGAUUAAAGCUUCCUCUUCGACAACAACAUGAUACAAUUUCCCUUUUAUGUGCUUCUGAAAAAGUGGAGCCCAUGACUUUGAUGAAACCUGUCAUCUCGGAUAUACAAUCAUGUAAAAGGGAUGGCAUUUCUGGUUUUGAUGCUUAUAGAAAGGAAGAAUGCAUUAUAACGACAGACUUAAACAUAAUUGUCGCAGAUUUUAACAUGCAGUCUUAUCUCUGCAAUCAUCUUGGAGCCUGUGCUACAAAAUAUUGUCCACGCUGUUAUGCGGAUGUAGACCAUGCCACAAGUAAAGCCAGAGAGAGGACUCCAUCAAAGACGUUAACCACAAUUAACAGAAUCAAUAUGAGAAGUAUGGAGGCAGACAAACGGAAACUAAGACAACAAACUGGUGUCAAAGAAUAUGAAAAUCCAUUGUGGGACAUAAUUAAUCCACACAGGGAUAUACCAGUGGGUUUCCUCCAUCUGAUGCCAUUAGGCCUUACUAAACACUUGGUGAAUCGCCAAGGCAAGGACUUCAAGCAAUAUCUACAAUUUGCUCCCAUCAAUUUUGCCUAUGUUGGUAUUCCUCGUCAGUUUCUAAAAAUGCUGAACACGCUUGCACAGAUACAACAAGUCCUACAGAAAGACCAGUUUACAGAGUCUGACAUUGAGGAGGCUGAACAUCUUAUCAGCAAGUACCUUAACCAAGUUGAGACCCAUAUACCAGAUUUGAAAAGGAAAGCAAAGACUCACCUCCUUUGUCAUAUGGUAGAUGACAUCAAGAGGCAUGGUCCUCCAAAAGGUUUCACUGAGGAUGGCUUUGAGAAAAACCAUGCUUCCAUUCGGAAUGACAUUUUCCACCAGAACCAAAAACAGAGGAGUAGAGAUACUGCCAUAUCCUUCUCCCACAUGACAUUGCUGAACCAUAUAAUUUCUGGUGGAUAUUUUCCACAGAACAAUGAUUGGGUGUGUUCAGGACAUGGAGCAAAAGACUUGGGUCUACAACGGGAGGUCCUGCAGUAUGGGGGUAGAUCCUUACCAGAGGAGGAAGGUGCAGUGGUCAGGAGUUUCAGAGGAAGCUGA